UUUAAUGGGGAUAUGAAAACAAGCUAUAAAUAAUACUAUUGCUUGUCCUAUUCUUGAUUUUUAACAGUAAGUGCACUUGUUUAUAAAGAAGCAAAUUCAAGGUUUCUACUGCUUACAGAAUAAAUAGAAAUUGAUGGGGAGAUUAGUGGGUUAAAAAACAAUUAUUUAUAGUUCCUAUGCAUUUCGUCUUAUGUUAGGCUUUUAUUUUAUUAUGUUUAACCCUUUUUUGUAAUUAAUGUGUUGAUGUCUUACUGUUGUGAUAUUUGCAAACAAAAUUUUGAUAAAUACCCUUUUAAAUAAAUUUGCAGCUAUGCCAAGAUUAAAUUUAUCAACAAAAAAAUUAGCAAGGCGAAAGAAAUAUAUAGCAAUGUUGUCGUUUUGGUCGAGCAUAAUGCAAUUAGUACAUUGGUUUUGGCACAUUGCUCUUAGAUAUAUGGAGAAUCAUACUAGGUCUAUUAGUUUGAGACCAAUGUAUCAAUAUAAUUUUUUUGAGAAGAGAAAGUAUAUGCAAAAGAUAAUUUACAAGAGUGAUCGUAACUGCAAAAAGGUAACUAGGAUGAAUAGACAAACUUUUGUUCAUUUAUGCUCUAGAUUGGAAGCCACUGGUAUAGUUUCCCCGACUAAAAAUAUGUUAGUGGAUGAACAAGUUGCUAUAGCGGUUCAUAUUUUAGCGCAUCAUCAAAAACAAAUAAUUAUAGGCGUCAAUUUUGAGCGUUCUGGAGAAACAAUCAGUAGGCAUUUUAGAAAAGUGAUAAAUGCUAUUAUUAGACUUCAAGGGGAAUUACUUAAAAAACCCGAGCCCGUACAAGAUGACUCUACGGAUCAAAGAUGGAAAUGGUUCAAGGGGUGUUUAGGAGCUCUCGAUGGUACGCAUAUCGAAGUUCGCGUACCAUUAGAUGAUAAACCUAGAUAUCGAACGCGUAAAAGUCAAAUUGCUACUAAUGUAUUAGGAGUGUGCUCUCAAGAUAUGCAAUUUAUCUAUGUAUUGCCUGGCUGGGAAGGGUCGGCUGCUGAUGGUAGAGUUUUGAGAGAUGCUAUUAGUAGGACAAACGGUUUGGUAGUUCCUCGUGGUUCGUAUUAUCUUGUGGAUGGUGGAUAUACCAAUUGUGAAGGAUUUCUUGCACCAUUUCGAAGUCAAAGAUAUCAUCUCAACGACUGGAGUGAAAGACACCAACCUACUACUGCAGAAGAAUUAUUCAAUAUGAAGCAUUCUUCUGCUAGAAAUAUAAUAGAGAGGUUGUUUGGUUUGCUAAAGAGUCGUUGGGGAAUCCUUAGAAGUCCCUCGUAUUAUCCAAUAAAAAUUCAAAAUCGCAUCAUCAUGGCCUGUUGUUUACUACACAAUUUUAUAAGGCGAGAAAUGGGUGGUUAUCAAUUAGAAAGUGAUGAUGAUCUAGAAGAUGGUGAAGGGGAAGAGGGCAUGGAGAGCGAGAACGAAGAUAGUGAAGAUGAAUAUGACGAUGAAUAUAUAAAUGUGAUUGAGCCGUCUAACGAAUGGACUACUUUUAGAAAUAAUUUAGCAGUUAACAUGUUCAAUACUUGGACAACACACAGAAAUCAUACAUGACUUCUAGAUUUUGUAUGUUGCAUUUUAGUUGGAUAAUAAUUUUAUUGGUUACUUUUGAUU